ACUUCCCGGAAGCUCGCUGCAUACACUCGCCGCGUAGCUUGACGGGUGUUGUUGAAUCAUGGCUGUGGACGGAGGAGACGUCAGUUAGAGACGUUUACCUCCACCUGUGCGUCGUGUCGAAGCAGCUGUCGGCAGCGAUGGAUGAGUCAUAGGGGAUUUGGUUGGAAACAGAAAUGAUCUUCCCAUCGGUCUAACCCGGAGAGAAGCCGCCACGAAGGACUGAGCCACACCACAGGGCCGCAGAUGGAGAAUGGAGACCUGGGUCACAUGAUGGGGGAGCACGUGACCCUGAACGUGGGCGGCUGUAUCUACAGCACGUCUCUGUCCACGCUGCAGCGUCAUCCCGACUCCAUGCUGGGAGCCAUGUUUGGAGGAGACUUCCCCACCGUGAGAGACGCGCGUGGAAACUAUUUCAUCGACCGGGAUGGCAUGCUGUUUCGCUACAUCCUCAACUUCCUGCGGACGUCCGAGCUGACGCUGCCGUGCGACUUCAAGGAGACGGCGCUGCUCAGGAAGGAGGCGGACUUCUAUCAGAUCGAGCCCCUGAUCCAGUGCCUGGGAGACCCCAAACCCGCGUUGCCCUACCCCACCGACACUUACGACGAGAUGGUGGAGCUGUCCAGCACCAGGAAGCUGUCCAAGUACUCCAACCCCGUCGCUGUCAUCAUCACUCAACUCACCAUCACCACCAAGCUCCAUUCAGUGUUGGCGUCCAUCUCCAGCAGUUUCACAAAGUGGAACCAACACAUGAUGGACACCAGAGACUACCAGGUGUCCUUCACCUUCGGACCAUGUGACCACCAACAGGAAGUCAGCCUGCGUGUCCACCUGCUCGACUUCAUCUCCAAAGCUGGUUUCACAAUACGCAACACACGUGUUCACCACAUGAGUGAACGAGCCAAUGAGAACACGGUGGAACACAAUUGGACGUUCUGCCGACGAGCUUGCCAAGUCAACGACUGAUGGAUUCACAAGAAGGACGGAGUUACUGAAGGCUGAAGAUGUUGCCGGGAUAGACAGACACUUGUUGGUGGUUUUCUUGUUAUGUGUUAAUAUUUUGCAUGAUGUGUUGUUGUUGUUUUUAAAUCAUUCCCUCAGUGUACUCGAAACUGAAGCACAACGCCAGGUUACUAGAAGGCUAGCACAUUAUGUACACGUGGUACAUAAUCAUUAGCAUUAAAUAGAUCUUACUUUUGCUUUAUCAUAUACAUUAUAUGGCCAAAAGUAGGUGCACAUCUACUCUACAAUACAAUAGUGUCUAAGACGAUUGUGUUCUUCCAGCUUUGUAACAACUAUAGACUGUAUAUAAAGAUGUAAGACAUGUCGGCUCUCAAAAAUGAAGCCAAAACAUCUUAAUUGCCCCCUGGUGGCUGGCUGCAGUAUAGCUCAUAAACCCGCCAAAUGAUUUUUUCAAAGAUGGUACCUGUCAUUUUAGGGAGUUCUUAUCACAUUGAUUUAUGUACAAAGUGUUCAUUUUUCCAGUAAGUUUGGUGUUAAUUAGUUAUUUGAUUUAAUAAAAACGGGGUGAAACAUCA